UCCGGCACCGGCCGCCCUUCGGGGGCUUCUCCAGCGCAGGGCGAGCCCGCCAAGCACAGGCAUGACGGAGAAGGAAGUGCCAGAGCCACCAGCUUCACCUGCUUCAGGUGGGAAACCCAAGAGCCGGCUGCAGAAGCUGAAGCAACUUUUCCAGCGAAAGCCCAAGGAGGAGCCGGCGCCGGAGCCACAGCCCAACGGGGAGCUGGUCAGCCCCUCGGGGGGACCCAUCUACUACAUCUAUGAGGAUGAGGAAGAGGAGGAAGAGGAGGAGGAGCCCGAGCCCCCUCCCGAACCCGAGAAACUUGUUAAUGACAAACCCCACAAGUUCAAAGACCAUUACUUCAAAAAGCCCAAAUUCUGUGAUGUUUGUGCCCGCAUGAUCGUCCUCAACAACAAAUUUGGCCUGAGGUGCAAGAACUGCAAAACCAACAUCCACCACCACUGCCAGUCCUACGUGGAGAUGCAGCGCUGCUUCGGCAAGAUCCCGCCCGGGUUCCGGCGGGCGUACAGCUCCCCCCUCUACAGCGACCAGCAGUACGCCGGCACCAAGGACCAGCUCGCGAACAGGAGCGACCCCGUGUUCGAGACGCUGCGGACGGGCGUCAUCAUGGCCAACAAGGAGCGCAAGAAGGGGCAGGACGACAAGAAGAACCCCUUGGCUGCGAUGAUGGACGAGGAGUCGGAGGCCACGAAGCCGGUGGGGAGCAAAGCUGAGGGUGGUGCCUCCGAAGGGGACAAGAAGGCUGAGAAGAGCCCAACGGAUGACAAGAGCAAGAAGCCACAGCCAGGGGGGUUCCUGCAGUCCCACUAUUUCGUGGCACUUUAUCGCUUCAAAGCCCUGGAGAAGGACGACCUGGACUUCCCGCCGGGGGAGAAGAUCACGGUGGUGGAUGACUCCAACGAGGAGUGGUGGCGGGGGAAGAUCGGUGAGAAAAUCGGGUAUUUCCCCCCCAACUUCAUCAUCCGGGUGCGAGCGGGCGAGCGGGUGCACAAGGUGACGCGGUCCUUCGUGGGCAACCGGGAGAUCGGGCAGAUCACGCUCAAGAAGGAUCAGAUCGUGGUGCAGAAGGGGGAGGAGGUGAACGGUUACGUCAAAGUCUUCACCGGCCGCAAAGUGGGGCUGUUCCCUGUGGACUUCCUGGAGGAGAUCUGA